CUCUUUCACUCUCUCUAAAAGGAACCCAUGUUCCUGGUUUCUCUCUCUCUACAACGUUAAAAGCCAUUGCUUUUAUUCACAGGUUGAGAUUUUCUCCUCUCUCUCUUUAUUGGGUGUGUGACAGUGAAGUCUAGCAGAGCUGAAACAAACAGAGCAAGAGGGGGUUUCAACUUUGAACAGAGCCACCCAAUUUCAAUAGUAAAAAGCUUGAAUGGAGAGGGCAGAGUACCAAAAGUAGACACAGAAUCUGAAUUGGGUAUCUUUCUCUUAACCCCUUUUAGUUGUUGGGUCUCUCUCUCUCUCUCUCAAUUCCAGAGCUGGGUCUUACUGCUACUCUGACUAGGGUUUUUGAAUGAGGGGUAGUAUUUAUUACUCUGAAAUCAAUGUUCUUUGUUUUUAAUUGACUGCCUCACCAGACUUUUUACCAGCUCCUUGUUUGAACUGUCUUUUUUAGUUUCUGUCUCGGGAGGGCUUCCCUUUAUGAAUCUUGGUACACUGCAACUACAAAGUUUCAGUCUUCCACUUUGGAAAUGGUAGCUUCUGCUAAGUUGGUGUGAUAUUUCGUACUCUUUCUACUGCUACAUGGCUCUCCUUUCACUGUUUUGGGGUUCUUCUGCUCAUUAAUUAAAGGGGACAGCUUCAACACUAAAAGUACAUCAUUUCUUUACUUGCUGAAAUUUCUUCUGAGGUAAAUUUCUGAGAUACCCUGCUUGGAAUUUCUUCAGUUUUCCAGUUUAAAUUCCAGACUUUGGGUAAUUGGGGUUGAAUUUGGUUGUAAAGUGUCUAUCUUUGGGGUAUACUAGUAUAAGUUGUACGUUAUCUGAGUUGAAUUCUACUUUGCUCUAGGUUUUUGAUCCCUAUUUGACCUUAUUGAGCCACUAGGGUGUUAAUAGGGGGUGUUCUAGUUUUUGGUGUUGUUGAGGGGAAGAGAUGGAUAUGAGUGAGAAAGAUAAAUUUGAAUUGGAGAAUAGGAAUGAGGAGCCUAUGAAUUAUUCACCUUCUAUGACCUAUGGGUUUGGUGGCUCCAAUCUCACAAAUGCAUCUAUGGGUUUGGUUCCUGCUGGGAAUUCUAUGGCAGAUAGUAAAGAGGAUCUGAUUGGUUCUUCUUCACAACCCUCUGCUUCAAUGGUGGAGUCAUUUAGCCAAGCGCUUUGGGACCACCCAACCAAUGCACAAAACAUGGGUUUUUGUGACAUUAAUGGUCAGACCAGUGCAAGCACUUCAAACACAAUGGGAAUUAGAAAAGGGAUUCCUGCCUCUUUGAGAAGUGGGAUUGAUAGACCACUUGAUAUGUGUUGGAACCCACCAAAUUCGAUGUUGAAAGGGGGAAUUUUCUUACCAAAUGGGCCGGCAGGGAUGCUACCGCAGAGCUUGUCUCAGUUUCCAGCUGAUUCUGGGUUCAUUGAGCGUGCUGCUAGGUUCUCGUGCUUCAAUGGUGGGAAUUUUAGUGAUAUGAUGAACCCUUUUGUUGUUCCUGAAUCGAUGAGUCUUUAUUCUAAGGGUGGGGGAAUGAUGCAAUGGGCUGUGGCAGGCCAGGGGCCUAAAGCAAUGUCCAGCAAUGAGCUCAAUCAAGUAGGUGAUGCUUCGAACGAGGUUUCUUUGCCUAUUGAUCAUGGGGCAACUGAUGGGAGCCCACUUAAGAAUGAGAAGAAAAGUGAGAGUCUUGUGAAGUCUCAUGAUGAAGCAAAAAAUGCAAUGGAUGGGUCUGGUAACGAGUCUGAUGAAGCCGAUUUCAGUGGUGGUGCGGAGGAGCCGUCUAUGAUGGAGGGUACAGGGGUAGGACCUUCUUCUAAGGGCUCUAAGAAAAGGAAAAGGAGUGGACAGGCUAAUGAACUUGAUCAAACCAAAAUAGCUGCACAUCAAUCCGUUGAAUCAACAAAGGAUGAUACUGAAAUGGUACAGAAGGGAGCUUCAACUACCAACAAGACUACUGGAAAACUUGUCAAACAAGGGUCUCAGACGUCUGAUCUACCAAAAGAAGAAUAUAUUCAUGUUAGGGCUCGAAGAGGCCAAGCAACAAAUAGCCAUAGUCUUGCAGAAAGAGUCAGAAGGGAGAAGAUCAGUGAGAGGAUGAAGUUUCUUCAAGAUCUUGUACCUGGAUGUAGCAAGGUAACUGGGAAGGCAGUGAUGCUGGACGAAAUCAUUAACUAUGUACAGUCAUUGCAACGGCAGGUUGAGUUUUUGUCAAUGAAACUUGCAACAGUGAAUCCACGAUUGGAUUUAAACAUUGAAAGCCUCCUGGAAAAAGAUAUCCUUCAGUCACGAGUUGGACCUUCAUCUUCGAUGGGAUUUUCUCCGGAUAUGCAUAUUGCCUAUCCUCCACUUCAUCCAUCUCAGUCGGGACUUAUUCAAGCAGGCCUUCCUGGGAUGGGGAGCUCUUCUGAUUUGCUUCGAAGGGCCAUGGGUUCCCAAAUGGCACCUAUGACUGGAGGAUUCAAGGAGCCUUCCCAGCUACCAAAUGUGUGGGAGGAUGAGCUCCAGAAUGUUUUCCAAAUGAGCUAUGGAACUGGAACUCCCUCCAAUAGCCAAGAUGUCGAUGUGCUAAAUUUGCAGGAUCUGGGACACCAGGCCAAAUGAAAGUUGAACUUUGACUAUACGAUUUCUAUUUGACACAACACUCAUACGGCCCGCAUAUAUGCACAUUACUACCUUGAUGAAAUAACAAUCAUCAUGAUAUUCCUUCUUCGUAUCACCAAGGAUGAUUAAGAUACCCUCUCAACAUUUACCGCAGGCUCUACCAGUUAAAUUUGACGCCUCUGGCUGAGAAAUGUAAUGCAGAAGCAGAUGACAUGCUGAACAAUGCUUCCUAUGCGGAGAGGUGAAAUUUUUUGAUCGGUGGAGCGGUAUUGUUGCUCUCUGGUUCAACUGACUUUUGUGGAUCAAUGAUGUAUAGAGAUUGAGAGACUAAUGGGGUCCUUGUUUCUUGGGGAUAAGAAUCUUGGUGAUGCUUUUGUUCAGUUUAGAAUUUAGAGUAAGAAGCUGUUUGUGUCGAUUAAUUCUGUAUCACCAAAUGUAAUGUAAUCUUCUCUUGUCAGCAAGUUUGCUUUUGGGUCUUGCCUCUAAUUAUGAUCAAGGUGAGGCUGUACAUUUCUUCCCCACACCCGUCAUAACUGCUAAUAAAUAAUCAUGGUUCACAGACCUGGGUUAGCGUCUGUUAAUUUCACCACAA